CCAUCUUCUGACCAAUACAACGCUGAUUCUAGUCAGUAGUGUUUUCUGCUGCAGUCCAUGCACGUGGGAGGAAGCACUUCGUAAUCCCGUCCUUGUGACAGCUGCCAUGCAUCUUGUGAGACUUUAUUGGUCGGGGCUGUCUGCGUAACCCUGCAGGUUACCAUCGUUAGAAAUUCCGCCAGAACCCAUGAGAAACAUGGACAAAGUGUCAUCCUGCGUCACAUAUAUGACCGGUCUUCACAAUUUGCAUUCAAAGCUUAUCUUCUUGUCUACGCGAGAUAUCUGAUGGUGGCAUUACACUACUCCUCUCGACUGUGUGUUGCGGGGUUGGUAUCGCACAGUAUUGCCAUCAUCUGCACCAUCUUCAGGCUCGUUUACAGAGGCCGGAUGCAUCACUUAUGGUGGGAAGAUGCAUGGGCAGCAUUUGCGCUGAUCGCAGACGUUGUUUGCCUGGCAUGUAUCUGGGUCGACAGAGAAAUAAGUGCAUGGGUUCUCACAAUCGCUUUUACCACUGUGCUGUGGGCUGCGCGCAUGAGCAUCAUUUUCUCGAUUAUCCCCGUCGCCAACCACUCGGGAUCCAAGAUCCACAAACAGAUGACCCAUCUCAUCGCAGUAUCCUUUGCAUGUAUGUGGGUCGCGCUGCUUGCUCAGAAGAUCAGGUUAUGCAGAUUCGAGUCAUGCCGCAUGGGCAAGUCAGUGGCGCUCUCGCUUUUGAUCACGGAUGUCACCGCGGAUAUUUCCCUCGUUGCUGCGCCGCUUUAUCUCUUGAAAAACGUAGGCCUUUCGCAUAGCAGAAAAAUACUGGUCCAAUCUGCAUUCGGCGCAUCACUUUUAAUCACCGCCAUCACAAUCCCCCACUCUGUACUCCUCCUCCUCGAUAUCUUCAACACAACUACGCUUAUGUUUGCGCACAUCAAGGUAAGCAUUCUUCCGUCCUCACACUGCUUUGAAAAAUGCGACCGAAAUUAGACCGCCCUCAGUCUCAUCAUCUGUAACUCCCUGGUGAUUGUGACCUUCUUAUACCGCGUAUACUCAAAAGACACAUUCAACCCCGACCGGUCAUUCGCAUCUAAUGAAGUCUUCACGAGUGUCAUUAUGAUGCCAAUGGAUAGUAGCACACAUACUCUGACGUCGUUUUCCUUACAGAA